AUGGACCCCAACAAACGCCCGGGACAGGCCUACAACGAGGGUGCUUCUGCGAACAACAACAUUACUUCUAGCGGUUACAAGUUGCCUGUGGAUGCUAAAUGGGAGGUGCGUCGAGAAUGUGUCCACCUCGGCCAUAGGAUCGGUGCCGGCGCCUUUGGAGUAGUCUUCGUUGGCUCGGUGAAAGAUGGCACGCGGGUGCUGCCGGGCCUGCGACGCAGGACACUACAACGAGGAGAACCAAUGAAUGAACGGGAGCCGGCGGUGGAGAGCGCGGAGGUGACAGUGGCUGUGAAAACGCUUCGAGAGCUUGAGAAGACUGUCCUGACCCUCAUAACGGACAUGUCACUGGAGCUAAACGCGGGCCAGGUGGGGACGAGAUACGCAUUUAAAGAGGCUCUACACACUCGACACCUAUGA